ACUGCGAGUCCAGUUGUUUCCACACUUGCACAAAGGAGCCGAGGAGAUGAGCGCAUAAAAAAGACGACCAAGUCAGUUUGAGGAGAGCGAGUUUUGGACAAUAACUUUGAGGACUAUCCCCUGAUAUCACGACCAGCGAAGAUGGUAUCGGCCGGGCUGGAGAUCCUGGGACUGUCGUUUUGCGUCAUCGGCUCGCUGCUGGUGAUGGUGGCGUGCGGGCUGCCCAUGUGGAAGGUGACCGCCUUCAUCGAGGCCAACAUCGUGGUGGCUCAGACCAUCUGGGACGGCCUGUGGAUGACGUGCGUGGUGCAGAGCACGGGCCAGAUGCAGUGCAAGGUGCACGACUCGGUGCUCUCCCUCAGCCACGACCUGCAGGCGGCGCGGGCGCUCUGCAUCAUCUCCUCCAUGAUGGGCGUGCUGGGGCUCAUGGUGGUGAUCGCCGGGGCGCAGUGCACCAACUGCAUCCGGAACGAGUACGUGAAGGCGCGGGUGGUGAACGCCGGAGGGGUGAUCUACAUCGUCAGCGGCCUCUCCGUGCUGGUGCCCCUCUGCUGGAUGGCCAACAGCAUCAUCUCGGACUUCUACAACCCGCAGGUGCCCGCCUCCAAGAAGAGGGAGAUCGGGGCCGCGCUCUACAUCGGCUGGGCGGCCACCGCGCUGCUGCUGAUCGGCGGCACCAUGCUGUGCUGCUCCUGCCCGUCCGGCGGGAACUCCGGGUACUCGGUCAAAUACGCACCGACCAAGCGAGCCACGCCGAACGGGGAGUAUGAUAAACGGAAUUAUGUCUGAGCCUUUUCCCCCCCUCCACUUCUAACCCCAACACACAAACUUUUUUUCUUCUCCUUCAAUAUUGGACAUUUUGUAUCUUCGGGACAUUUUUUUUUUGUUUUUUUUUUUUGGGACACAUCACUGACAACAAAAAAGGAGUAUCUUUGUUAGGUACACGCUUUUUGUAAGUUGAAAUAAUUUUUAUGAUCAGUUUUUAAAGGACCUUUCACUUUUGACUUUCUGUACAGCAGUGUUUUUUUUUACGGAGCCCCUAAAGCAGGGGUGUCCAAACUUUUUCCACUGAGGGGCCUCACACUGAAAAAUCAAAGCAAGCGGAAGGAGGGGCCAUUUUGAUAUUUUUUAUUUUUAAAACAAAUACAAUAUAUGUAUAAAAAAUAUAUGUUUAGGCCUCCACUCAGGCUUGAUCCCAGGGUUUUGGUCCAAAAAAUAUAAAAAAUUUGUCAUUUUUCAGUAUUUUUAUUUUUAUUAUUAUUCAAGUUUUAAAUCUCCAGAUCAGCGGUGUCCAAACUUUUUCCACUGAGGGGCCUCACACUGCAAAAUCAAAGCAAGCGGGGGAGGAGGGGCCAUUUUGAUAUUUUUUAUUUUUAAAACAAAUACAAUAUAUGUAUAAAAAAUAUAUGUUUAGGCCUCCACUCAGGCUUGAUCCCAGGGACCCUAAGGGAUUUUGGGCCCAAAAAAUAUAAAAAAAUGUGUAAUUUUUCAGUAUUAUUAUUUGUAUUAUUAUUCAAGUUUUAAAUCUCCAGAUCAGGGGUGUCCAAACUUUUUCCACUGAGGGGCCGCACACUGAAAAAUCAAAACAGGCCGGGGAGGAGGGGUCAUUUUGAUAUUUUUUAUUUUUAAAACAAAUACAAUAUAUUUAUAAAAAAUAUAUGUUUAGGCCUCCACUCAGGCUUGAUCCCGGGGACCCUAAGGGGUUUUGGUCCAAAAAAUAUAAAAAAUGUGUCAUUUUUCAAUAUUAUUAUUUGUAUUAUUAUUCAAAUUUUAAAUCUCCAGAUCAGCGGUGUCCAAACUUAUUCCACUGAGGGGCCGCACACUGAAAAAUCAAAACAAGCGGGGGAGGAGGGGCCAUUUUCACAUUUUUUUAUUUUUAAAACAAAUACAAUAUACCAUAUUUCCUUGAAUUGCCGCAGGGCAUAUAGUAUGCGCCUGCCUUGAAUUACUGCCGGGUCAAACUCGCUUCCCAAAAUAAUUAGCGUAUGCUUAGUAUUACCGCCUGGUCAAACUCGUGAUUUCACGAGUGACACUUCCCCUGUCAUCAUUUUCAAAAUGGAGGAGGCUGAUUUCAAUACCGGUAAUUUGAAAUCGCAUAAAGGGAAGAAGAUUAAGAGCUAUUCAGUAGGAUUUAAGGUCCAAGCUUACAUCACACUCAAAUUUUUACUGCAUACCUUUGGUAAGUGCCGGAGUGAGAAGAGGUUUUAAAAUAAUUAGCGCAUGCUUACUGUUACCGCAUGCCUUUGGUAAGCGCAGGAGUGAGAAGAGGUUUUAAAUUAAUUAGCGCCCCGGCGGCAAUUCAAGGAAAUACGGUAUGUAUAAAAAACAUAUGUUUAGGCCUCCACUCAGGCUUGAUCCCGGGAACCCCAAGGGGUUUUGGUCCAAAAAAUAUUAAACAUGUGUCAUUUUUCAGUAUUAUUAUUAUUAUUUUUAUUAUUAUUCAAGUUUUAAAUCUCCAGAUCAGCGGUGUCCAAACUUUUUCCACUGAGGGGCCGCAAACUGAAAAAUCUAAGCAAGCGGGGGAGGAGGGGACAUUUUGAUAUUUUUAUUUAAAAACCAAUUCAAUAUAUGUAUAAAAAUAUACAUUUAGGCCUCCACUCAGGCUUAAUCCGAUCCCGGGGACCCCAAGGGGUUUUGGUCCAAAAUACAUUUUAAAAAUUGUCAUUAUUCAGUAUUAUUAUUACUCAAGUUUUAAAUCUCUAGAUCAGGGGUGUCCAAAAUUUUUCCACUUUGGGGCCGCACACUGAAAAAUCAAAGCAAGCGGGAGACGAGGGGCCAUUGUGAUAUUUUUUAUUUUAAAAACCAAUUCAAUAUAUGUAAAAAAAAAAAAAUACAUUUACUCAGGCUUGAUCCCAGCGACCCCAAGGGGUUUUGGUACAAAAAAUAUUUAAAAGAAUUGUAAUUAUUCAGUAUUAUUAUUCCUCAAGUUUUAAAUCUCUGGAUCAGGGGUUUCCAAACGUUUUCCACUGAGCGGCCGCGCACUGAAAAAUCAAAGCAAGCGCGGGGGCUAUUUUGAUAUUUUUCAUUUUGAAGACCAAUACAAUAUAUGUAUAAAAAAUAUACAUUAAGUACUCCUAAGGCUUGAUCCCGGGGAUCGCAAGGGGUUUUGGUCAAGAAAAUAUUAAAAAUGUGUCAUUAUUCUCAUUAUUCAGUAUUAUUAUUUUUAUUAAUAUUCAAGUUUUAAAUCUCUAGAUCAACUUAGGUCUAUCUGUCAAUAUAACGUUUUUAAAGAUUUAGGUCUAUGCUCUUUUUGUCAAAGAAAACCCUGUUUUUAAUGAAACCCCCCCCCCCACACACACACACACAAAAUAUGCAAUAUUUUCACCAAAAACAAUUUUUAAGUGGAAUAUUUGAGAUUGUUUAUUAAUUGGAGCCUCAAAAAAGGUCAAUAACUCAUAACAUCAUUGAUUUUAAUUCAUUAUUAUUUUUUGAGCAAAACAUCCAUCCAUCCUUUUUCUACCGCUUGUCCCAUUCAGGGUCGCUGGAGCCUAUUUCAACUACAUUCGGGCCGAAGGCGGAGUCAUUUAAAAACAAAUCACACUAAAAUUAUUGGGAUCCAAAAGGUUCCUACUCAUUUAAGUGUUAAAAAAUAAAUCAUAAAUGUUUUUACUGUUUACUUUUAACACAAUAAUAUUGAGAUCAACUUCAGAUCUAUCUGUCAAUUACAAGUUUUAUUUUUGUUUAUGAUUUUUGUUUGUUUGUUUUAGGCCCUUCUUUAGAAAAACAGCUUAGUUUUUUAUAUGUCAAAACACAAAAUAUGCAACAUUUUCCCCAAAAAAUUUCUCCAAGUGGAAUAUUUAAUGGGACGUAAUUGGAGCCUAGACUAGGUCAAUAAUUCAUAAUGACAUUGAUUUUGAUUCAUUAUUAUUUUUUAACCUCUAAAAGCUUAUUGCGUUAUUAGAGUAAACGUUGUGUUAUGCAAGUAAACAUUCCAACAUUUUCUUGUUACAUUUCACCUGUAUGCUUUUUUAUACCACUUGUUUUAUUUUUUAUCGUAUUUUUGGAAUGUGCCGUGGAGCCGUUAAAAAAUUAUUUGCGGUUCGCAAAUGGCCCACGGGCUGCACUUUGGACACCCCUGCACUACAGGGACAUGGAUGGUUUGUGAGCUCUUGCAAUACUUUUUGCGAAAUUUCGCUAAAAGUUUUUUUCCUAUGUCAGUGAACCGGAAGUAAAACCGCCACCGUACCCAUUCUGACGAGAAAGCCCCUUCGCCCUGACUAUUCUUUUCAGAUGUCUCUCACUUAUGUCAAAGACAUGUCUACGUGCAAGAACAGAUUUGAUUUCUUCAUAUAUUAGGCCAAUACGAAAAUAGAAAUCAAUAAACUUCUCCCAUGAAUGAUGGGUAGGCUCCUCCAUCGCUGUGUCUGUUUUACUUGCGGUUCACUGACAUAGGAAAAACAACUUUUGCGAAAUUUCCCGGGUCUCGCAAAACAUUAUUGUCCCUCCAUGUCCCUUUAGGGCCUCCGUAGUUUGUCAACCUUUUUUGGGCCAAGGCACAUUUUUUUUCAUUGAAAAAAUCCUCAGGCACAUCACUAGCAGAAAUCAUUAAAAAACGAAACUCAGUAACCAAUAUUGACACAAAAAAAAGUGGUAACAGUCUAGUAUGGGGAAAAUAUUCACCAUUAAUUAGUUGCUUAUUAACAUGCAAAUUAGUAAAAUAUUGGAUCUUAAUUAGUCAUAAGUACUUAUUAAUGACUUAUUCUGCAUGGCCUUAUUAUACAACCAGUAAGCCAUUAACUAAGAGUCUUCCCUCAAUAACCUCAGAAUUAUUGCUUAUUAUUGGUGGGAAUUGGGGGUUAAAUCACCAAAAAUUAUUCGCAGGCGCAGCCACCGCUGCUGCUGACUGCUUCCCUCACCUCCCAGGGGGUGACAACAGGUGAUGGGUCAAAUGCAGAGAACAAUUUCGCCACACCUCGUGAGUGUGUGUGACAAUCAUUGGUACUUUAACUUUAACUUAACUUUUAGUCACCCUCACCCUUAUAUGUUCCCCUAGUGUCCAAAUAACUCUAAAUCAGGUCAUUGUUACUUAGAAUAUGUAAAGUCCAAAUAACUCUAAACUCACUUUGUUACUUAGAAUAUGUUCCACACACUAAAGUCCGAAUAACUCUAAAUUAAGUCUUUGUUACUUAGAAUAUGUUCCCCAUAUCAAAGUUACCAAAAAAGUUGUUCUCGCAAUUGUUGGAGUUGAAUUUAAACCAUAACAAAGCAACACUGUAAACCCGAAAGCUCCAAGUAAUUAAUUAGAAUAAGUAGUGCAAACUUUAAAAAAUUGUUAAAUGUUGUAUUUACUUAAAAAUAUUGAGUGUCAGUAACAUUUUCCUUCUUUUUAAGUUUAUGAAACUUGUUAUUUUAACUUUCAUUAACUUAAAACUCAGUGGAUUAAACACAAAGUCGUCUUAGUUUGAAAGAACAAAUCAUUAAAUUGAAUCAAGAAUAAAUUAAGAAUGAAUCAAUCACAUUAUAGAUUUGUAUUGUGUGUGUAUGUAUGUAUAAAUUAUUACAUGCACGCACACACAACCACAAGAGGAAGUGCUUUUAUUUUGUAGCAUUUGCAGCAGACACAAGGAGGAACAUUUUUGAAUUGGCUUAAUCAAUUAUAAUUCAAAAGUACAUUUAACAUAAACUCCAAAUAUUUACGAUCUGAUAAACUCAAAUAUUGGAUUGCCUCACUUUUGUACAUCACUAUAGCUCUUGUCUCAAAAUAGGUGGACUGUCACGACCUGUCACAUCACGAUGUGACUUAUUUGGAGUUGUUUUUUUUGGGUGUUUUCCAGUGUGUAGUGUUUUUGUCCUUGUCUUGCAUUCCUAUUUUGGUGUUUUUUUUCCUGUUUUGGUGGUAUAUUCUUUUUGCAGUUUCAUAUUUUCCUUGAGCGCUAUUCUCCACACCUGCAUUGUUUUCGCAAUGAAGACUAUUUAAGUUGUGCGGACGCCAUCCUUCUUUGGGGGAACAUUGUUGAUUGUCAUGUCAUGUUCAGAUGUACUUUGUGGACGCUGUCUGCUCCACACGCUGUAAGUCUUUGCCGUCGUCCAGCAUUCUGUUUUUGUUUACUUCGCAGGCAGUUCAGUUUUAGUGCCUAAGCUUCAAUGACUUUUCCUAGCAGCACUCGCCUUUUGUUUAUUUUUGGUUUAAGCGUAAAAUACCUUUUUACCUGCACCCUGCCUCCCACAACAAACAUCUACAAAACAAUUAGCUACCUGCUGCCACCUACUGAUAUGGAAAAGUAUUACAUGGUUACAGUGCCGAGCUCUCGACAGCUCUCUCAAUGGCAGAUUUGCGGAUUAUAAUUACUGGUUUGCAAAAAAAUAUUUUUUAACCCAAUUAGGUGAAAUGACAUAAUCUCCCACUGCACACCGGAUUGUAUCCCGCGGCAACAUAGUGGUUGAAAAACACUGCUGUACAGUACUGUUGCUUUGCCUCCCACGAAAAGAUUGCACUCCUCCAUAACGGUAACGGGGACAUACACACCUGUCUAUAGUACACUUUUGUAUAUUUUCAUGUGCUGGAAUUACAACGGCAUUCCAUGUCUAAUUCCGGACCCAACCGGGAUGUUUAUGCUCAUUACUGCGAGCACCUGCUGGCUACAAGAUGGCGACAGGAAGUCUUGUUUCAUUUGGUUCAGUUCCUGGAAUUGUUUUCUUGUCUUUUUGUUUAAUGUAGUGACUCAACUUUCAUGUAUAAAAAGAUGCAAUAUUGUUUCCUUUUUUUUAAUUAUUAUUAUUGAGAUUAAACACACUAUAUUGUCUGGA